AUGUCUUACAAUAAUAACGGACAACAAAUGUCCGAUCAGGGCUACUAUGAUAAUAACCAAGGUUAUUACCAACCAGAAGACCAACAGAAUGGUCAAGCCAUGUACGGUGACGAAGGUUACUACGACCCAAACAUCAGCGGUGGUGACUACUACAACCAACCACCACCACCUCCAAACAUGAUGGGCCAAGACAUGGAGAACUUCUCCGAUUUCAGCAGUUACGGCCCUCCUGGUGUGCAAGGUUACGACUAUCAGAACAUGAACCAAUCUGGUCAAUACACGCCAUCUCAAAUGAGUUACAACGGCGAUCCAAACUCUGGAUCCUCAACUCCUAUAUACGGUAAUGGCAUGUCUGCUUACGAUCCUAAUGCCAUCGCUAUGGCGUUGCCUAACGAUCCAUACCCAGCAUGGACCGCAGACAGCCAAUCACCAGUGCCAAUCGAACAGAUCGAGGAUGUCUUCAUUGACCUAACGAACAAAUUCGGUUUCCAAAGAGACUCCAUGAGAAACAUGUUCGACCACUUCAUGACUCUUCUAGAUUCUAGAACUUCUAGAAUGGCUCCAGACCAAGCUUUGCUGUCUUUACACGCCGAUUAUAUCGGCGGUGAUACAGCCAACUACAAGAAAUGGUACUUCGCCGCCCAACUAGAUAUGGAUGAUGAAGUCGGUUUCAGAAACAUGAGCUUGGGUAAACUAUCCAGAAAGGCCAGAAAGGCCAAGAAGAAGAAUAAGAAGGCCAUGGAGGAGGCUAAUCCAGAGGAUGCUGAAGACAUUCUAAAUAAACUGGAAGGUGACAACUCUUUAGAAGCCGCUGAUUUCAGAUGGAAGACUAAGAUGAAUGCCUUAACUCCAAUCGAAAGAGUUCGUCAAAUCGCUCUAUACCUUUUGAUCUGGGGUGAAGCUAACCAAGUGAGAUUCACCUCGGAGUGUCUGUGUUUCAUUUACAAGUGUGCCACUGACUACUUGAACUCUCCUCUAUGCCAACAGAGAACCGAGCCAAUGCCAGAGGGUGACUACUUGAACAGAGUUAUCACUCCACUUUACCGUUUCAUCAGAAACCAAGUCUACGAAAUUGUCGACGGUCGUUACGUUAAGCGUGAAAAGGACCACCACAAGGUCAUUGGUUAUGAUGAUGUUAACCAGCUAUUCUGGUAUCCAGAAGGUAUCGCUAAGAUUGUCUUCGAAGACAGCACUAAGUUGAUCGAGAUUCCAGCUGAAGAACGUUACUUGAGAUUAGGUGAGGUUAGCUGGGAUGACGUUUUCUUCAAGACUUACAAAGAAACCCGUUCUUGGUUCCACAUGAUCACAAACUUUAACCGUAUUUGGAUCAUGCACGUUACCAUUUUCUGGAUGUACGUUGCCUACAACUCUCCAACUUUCUACACACACAACUAUCAACAAUUGGUCAACAAUCAACCACCAGCUGCCUACAAGUGGGCUAGUGCUGCUCUUGGUGGUACUGUUGCCAGUUUCAUCCAACUUCUAGCUACAAUCUGUGAAUGGUCUUUUGUUCCAAGAAAAUGGGCAGGUGCUCAACAUCUUUCCCGUAGAUUUUGGUUCUUAUGUUUGAUUUUUGCAGUUAACUUGGGUCCAAUUAUUUUUGUCUUCGCUUAUGAAAAGGACACUGUUCAAUCAAAGGCAGGCCACGCGGUUGCUGCGGUCAUGUUCUUUGUUGCAGUCGCUACAUUGCUAUUUUUCUCAGUCAUGCCAUUGGGUGGUCUGUUCACGUCCUACAUGCAAAAGUCUACCAGACGUUACGUCGCUUCUCAAACCUUCACUGCCUCCUUUGCACCUUUGCAUGGUCUUGACAGAUGGUUGUCUUACCUGGUUUGGGUUACUGUUUUUGCUGCUAAGUACGCUGAAUCAUACUACUUCUUGAUUCUAUCUCUAAGAGAUCCAAUCAGAAUUUUGUCUACCACUACCAUGAGAUGUACUGGUGAAUACUGGUGGGGUUCAAAGCUAUGUAGACAUCAAUCAAAGAUUGUUUUGGGUUUGAUGAUUGCUACCGAUUUUAUUCUGUUCUUCUUGGAUACCUAUCUGUGGUACAUUGUUGUCAACACUGUCUUUUCCGUUGGUAAAUCUUUCUACUUGGGUAUUUCUAUUUUGACUCCAUGGAGAAACAUUUUCACUAGAUUGCCAAAGAGAAUUUACUCCAAGAUUUUGGCUACUACUGAUAUGGAAAUCAAAUACAAGCCAAAGGUUUUAAUUUCCCAAGUCUGGAACGCUAUCAUUAUCUCAAUGUACAGAGAACAUUUGCUUGCCAUUGACCAUGUCCAAAAGUUAUUAUACCAUCAAGUUCCAUCUGAAAUUGAAGGUAAGAGAACUUUGAGAGCCCCAACUUUCUUUGUUUCUCAGGAUGAUAACAACUUUGAAACUGAGUUUUUCCCAAGAAACUCUGAAGCUGAACGUCGUAUUUCUUUCUUUGCCCAAUCCUUGGCCACCCCAAUGCCAGAACCAUUGCCAGUUGACAACAUGCCAACUUUUACCGUUUUGACUCCUCACUAUGCUGAAAGAAUUUUGUUGUCUUUGAGAGAAAUUAUCAGAGAGGAUGACCAAUUCUCCAGAGUUACUCUAUUGGAAUACUUGAAGCAAUUACACCCAGUUGAAUGGGAAUGUUUUGUUAAGGACACCAAAAUCUUGGCCGAAGAGACUGCUGCUUAUGAAGGUAUGGAUGAUCAAGAUCCUGAGAAGGAAGAUGCAUUGAAGAACCAAAUUGAUGAUCUUCCAUUCUACUGUAUUGGUUUCAAGUCUGCUGCUCCUGAAUAUACUCUACGUACACGUAUUUGGGCUUCUUUGAGAUCUCAAACUUUGUACCGUACUGUUUCUGGUUUUAUGAAUUAUGCUAGAGCUAUCAAAUUGCUAUACCGUGUCGAAAACCCUGAAAUUGUUCAAAUGUUUGGUGGUAAUGCCGAAGGUCUUGAAAGGGAAUUGGAAAAAAUGGCUAGAAGAAAGUUUAAGUUCUUGGUUUCUAUGCAAAGAUUGGCUAAGUUUAAACCACAUGAACUGGAAAACGCUGAAUUCUUGUUGAGAGCUUACCCUGAUCUACAAAUUGCUUACUUGGAUGAAGAACCUCCACUAAACGAAGGUGAAGAACCAAGAAUUUACUCAGCCUUGAUUGACGGUCACUGUGAAAUCUUGGAGAAUGGUCGUAGACGUCCUAAGUUCAGAGUCCAACUGUCUGGUAACCCUAUUCUUGGUGAUGGUAAAUCUGAUAACCAGAACCAUGCUUUGAUUUUCUACAGAGGUGAAUAUAUCCAAUUGAUCGAUGCUAACCAAGACAACUAUUUGGAAGAAUGUUUGAAGAUUAGAUCUGUUCUUGCUGAAUUUGAAGAAUUGAAUGCUGAACAAGUGUACCCAUACUCUCCAGGUGUAAAAUACGAAGAUCAAAACACAAAUCACCCAGUUGCUAUUGUUGGUGCCAGAGAAUAUAUUUUCUCUGAAAACUCUGGUGUUCUUGGUGAUGUUGCCGCUGGUAAAGAACAAACAUUUGGUACUCUUUUUGCUCGUACAUUGGCUCAAAUUGGUGGUAAACUGCAUUAUGGUCACCCGGAUUUCAUCAACGCUACUUUCAUGACUACCAGAGGUGGUAUUUCAAAGGCUCAAAAGGGUUUGCAUUUGAACGAAGAUAUUUACGCCGGUAUGAAUGCCCUAUUACGUGGUGGUCGUAUUAAGCACUGUGAAUACUAUCAAUGUGGUAAAGGUAGAGAUUUAGGUUUUGGUACAAUUUUGAAUUUCACAACUAAGAUUGGUGCUGGUAUGGGUGAACAAAUGUUGUCCCGUGAAUACUACUAUCUAGGUACACAACUUCCAAUUGACCGUUUCUUGACUUUCUACUAUGCGCACCCUGGUUUCCAUUUGAAUAACUUGUUCAUUCAAUUGUCUCUUCAAAUGUUUAUGUUGACUUUGGUUAAUUUACACGCUCUUGCACACGAAUCUAUUAUUUGUAUUUACGAUAAGAACAAGCCAAAGACAGAUGUAUUGUAUCCAAUUGGUUGUUACAACUUCUCUCCAGCUAUUGACUGGGUCAGACGUUACACAUUAUCUAUUUUCAUUGUUUUCUGGAUUGCCUUUGUUCCUAUUGUUGUGCAAGAAUUGAUUGAACGUGGUCUGUGGAAGGCUACCCAAAGAUUCUUCCGUCACAUUCUUUCCCUAUCCCCAAUGUUUGAAGUGUUUGCUGGUCAAAUCUACUCAUCUGCUUUGUUGAGCGAUUUGACUGUUGGUGGUGCUCGUUAUAUUUCUACUGGUAGAGGUUUUGCAACCUCACGUAUCCCAUUCUCCAUUUUGUACUCCAGAUUUGCAGGCUCUGCCAUUUAUAUGGGUGCUAGAUCAAUGCUAAUGUUGCUUUUCGGUACCGUUGCCCACUGGCAAGCUCCUCUCCUAUGGUUCUGGGCCUCACUGUCCGCCCUGCUGUUCUCUCCAUUUAUUUUCAACCCACAUCAAUUCUCCUGGGAAGACUUCUUCUUGGAUUACAGAGACUACAUUAGAUGGUUAUCUAGAGGUAAUAGUAAAUACCACAGAAACUCCUGGAUUGGUUACGUUAGAAUGGCUAGAUCUCGUAUUACCGGUUUCAAACGUAAGUUGGUUGGUGAUGAAUCUGAAAAGGCUGCAGGUGAUGCAAGCAGAGCUCACAGAACCAACUUGAUUCUAGCCGAGAUUAUUCCAAAUGCUAUUUACGCUGCAGGUUGUUUUGUUGGUUUCACUUUCAUUAACGCCCAAACAGGUGUUAAGACUACUGAUGACGAUAGAGUGAACUCUGUUCUACGUAUUAUCAUCUGUACUUUGGCUCCAAUUGUCAUUGAUAUUGGUGUUCUGUUCUUCGUUUUGGGUAUGUCUUGUUGUUCUGGUCCAUUGUUCGGUAUGUGCUGUAAGAGAACUGGUUCAGUUAUGGCUGGUUUUGCUCACGGUAUUGCCGUCAUUGUUCACAUUGGUUUCUUCAUCGUCAUGUGGGUUCUUGAAGGUUUCAACUUCACUAGAAUGUUGCUUGGUGUUGUUACUAUGAUUCAAUGUCAAAGAUUGAUCUUCCAAUGUAUGACUGUCUUGAUGUUGACUAGAGAAUUCAAGAAUGACCAUGCAAACACUGCCUUCUGGACAGGUAAAUGGUACGGUUCCGGUUUUGGUUACAUGGCUUGGACUCAACCAACAAGAGAAUUAACUGCUAAGGUCAUUGAACUUUCUGAAUUUGCUGCUGAUUUCGUUCUAGGUCAUGUUAUUCUAUUUGCCCAAUUCCCAGUUCUAUGUAUUCCAGCCAUUGACAAGUUCCACUCCAUCAUGUUAUUCUGGUUAAAGCCAUCGCGUCAAAUCCGUCCACCAAUUUAUUCUUUGAAACAAUCUCGUCUAAGAAAGAGAAUGGUCAAGAGAUACCUAACCCUUUACAUUAUCGUUUUCCUAGUAUUUGCUGGUUGCAUCGUAGGCCCAGCAGUUGCUUCUUCCCAUGUUGCUAAGGACUUGGGUCACCAAUUAACUGGUACUUUCCACAAUUUGGUGCAACCAAGAAAUGUAAGCAACAACGAUACUGGUUUUGGUAUUUCCACAUACAGUAACCAUUACUACACGCAUACUCCAUCUCUAAAGACCUGGUCUACAAUCAAAUAA